AUGAAAAAAAGCCCUCCAGGGGAUGUACCCUCUGGAGAUGGUGAUAGCGCAAGUCUGCAGAAGAGGCUACAGAGAGAGGCAGGGUCUCCCAUUUCCACCACAACCCCUGAUACCAGCGAGGCUCCCAGGACUAGAAAAACCUCCUUCUGGCAACGCUGGUCUCUUCAUAACAAGAAAAGCCCUCCAGGGGAUGUACGCUCUGGAGAUGGUGAUAGCGCAAGUCUGCAGAAGAGGCUACAGAGAGAGGCAUGGUCUCCCAUUUCCACCACAACCCCUGAUACCAGCGAGGCUCCCAGGACUAGAAAAACCUCCUUCUGGCAACGCUGGUCUCUUCAUAACAAGAAAAGCCCUCCAGGGGAUGUACGCUCUGGAGAUGGUGAUAGCGCAAGUCUGCAGAAGAGGCUACAGAGAGAGGCAUGGUCUCCCAUUUCCACCACAACCCCUGAUACCAGCGAGGCUCCCAGGACUAGAAAAACCUCCUUCUGGCAACGCUGGUCUCUUCAUAACAAGAUAAGCCCUCAAAGUGAUGUACGCUCUGGGAAUGGCGAAAGCUUAAGUCUUCAGAAGAGCCAGCAGACAGAAGCACCCUCUCCUUCUACCAUCACAACCAGCGAGGCUCCUAGAACUAGAAAAACCUCCUACUGGAAUUGUUGGCGUCUUCUUAACAAGAAAAAGCAGAGCCAUCUCCAACAAGAUGUGGACGCGGUCACAAUCCAUUCACCCUCAGUGACAGAAAUGAGUUGUUGCACAAGUGAGAAGUCUCAGGGAGGAGAGACUGGUGUCGAGUUCAGGGCCUCACCUGUUCUUGACAGUCCUGUCUCUGCUCACCAUGAGCCGCAUCUCCAAGCAGUCCAACAAUGCUCCACCACUAUACAAUGCACUGGUGAUUUUGGGGAUGUUGAAGAUGGAGGACUGGAUGGUUUUCCUGCAUCUUCCAGAGAAGGAGACUCCCACACUGGCCAGAACAGCAGAGUGGAAGAGACUGUCUUGUCCUCUACUGCCACAGCACAGAUCAUAAACAACCAAGAGGACUGCAAAGAAAGCGAGGCUGAUGUCCAAGACAACAUCCAACCUGCGUCUUAAAGUCAAGACAAGACUCCCGAGAAAGAUUGGUAUGAAAACUGUCUAGUCUGGAUUCAGGAUGUUUGAAUAGAAUCAUGCAUAUGCACUUACACACUUAGUAUUUUUUUUCUAUUUUUCUGUUGACAAUUUCUCUGUUUCAACACUCAAUAUAUAUUUGACCUCCCUUAACUAUCACAAAAUAGUCUGCUGCAGAAUUAAAAACUAGGUACUUGGCAUAUUAUGGUCUGCAUGUUUACGUAUUAAGAAUGUUGUGUAAUUACAGACGUCUGAAUGUAUUUGCGUUCUCUUUCCAGCCCUUGAAGAGCUAACGCACCUGCCAUCAGGGCUUGCAAAAUGAGUCACAUUUCUUUAACUUUUCCACAUAUAGUCACAUUACAACCAAAAAUACAAAUACAUUUUAUUGGAGUCUUAUGUGAAAGACAAAGUGGAAUACAACUGUGAUGUAGCAAGAAACUAAUACAUGGUCUCUUUUUUAACAAAUAAAAAACUGAAAAGAGCAACGUGCAAAAGUAUUCAGCACCCCCCAGUAAAUAUUUCUUGGAACCGCGUUGUGCUGUAAUUACAGCUGCAAGUCUCUGCCAGUUUUCCACGUCUUGUGACUGAAAUUUUUGGCCAUUCUUCUUUGCAAAUCAGUUCAAGCACAGUCAGAUUAGAUGUAGAGCGUUUGUGAAUAGCAGUUUUCAGACCUUAUCAGAUCCAAAGAUUCUUAAUUCGGUUUAAGUGAGAGGUCGACCGAUACAGGUUUUUAAGGCAGAUACUGAUUAUUUUGACAACAUGCAAAUCGGUACCCGAUACGUGAAAAGUAAAAAUAAUACAAUUGAAAAUGUUGAGUACAACACAAAGUAUCCAUCUUUUAAUAAUAAUAUUAUUAAUAAACAUAAAGACACUUUUGACAUUCUCU